CCGGACAAGCUGAGUCCUCCGCUGCGGGACGACGACAAGGAUGGGCACUUCCAGUACGAAUUAGGAGAAAACUUGAGCUCAAGAUACAAAAUACUUUCCAAGAUGGGCGAGGGCACUUUCGGCCGCGUCCUUGAGUGCUGGGAUCGCAAGCGUGAGGACUACGUGGCUAUUAAAAUUGUCCGAAACAUUGACAAAUACCGCCACGCGGCCAUGAUCGAGCUUGAGGUGUUAAACACGCUGGAGAAGAACGAUCCCGCCGGUCAGAACCAUUGCGUCACGCUGCGGGAAUGGUUUGACUAUCGAGGACAUGUAUGCAUGGUUUUCGAGAAGCUGGGGCUGAGCCUCUUUGAUUACAUGCGCAAGAACAGCUACAAGCCCUUUCCGCUUGAUUUGGUGCAGGACUUCGGCCGCCAGCUCCUGCAAGCCGUCAGUUACAUGCACGAGCUGCGGCUCGUGCACACAGACCUCAAGCCGGAGAAUAUUUUGCUCACAUGCCAGGAGUCCGUUCAGCCGGCCGAGAGCUCCGGGUCCAGCCGGCCUCCGUCCUCGGAGAUCAAGGUGAUCGACUUUGGCAGCGCCACGUUUGAGGAGCAAUACCACAGGUACGCUUGUAUCGUGUCCACACGGCACUACCGCGCGCCCGAGGUCAUCCUGGGGCUAGGCUGGUCCUAUCCCUGUGACAUGUGGAGCAUCGGCUGCAUCCUCAUUGAGCUCAUUACUGGGGAGGCGCUGUUCCAGACACACGAGAAUUUGGAGCAUCUGGCAAUGAUGGAGGCGGUUUUGGGUCCCGUACCCAACAGCAUGUCGUGCAAGUGCGCCCGCACCCCUGCCAGCAAGUACUUCAAUGGCUGCGGUCGCCUAAACUGGCCGGACGGGGCCGUUAGCCGCAAGUCCGUCAAGGCGGUCAAGCGUCUGUCCGGGCUGCACCAACUCAUUCUGGAACAGGGCGAUACCUCCGCCCGGGCCUACGCGAAAGAGUUGGUGGACCUCAUCGGCUCCAUGCUAGAGUACGACCCCUCGGCGCGCCUCACAGCGCACCAGGCCCUGGCACAUCCGUUCUUCGCCGCGCCCUGCGUUGCGCCGCUGGGGACGCUCCUUUCCGUAGGGCCCGCAGUUGCCACCUCGGCAACGCCGGCGGCGGCCCCCAGCAGCGUGCCGUCCGCGGCCGUGGCCACGGCAGCGCUGGGUAGUGGCGGCACAGGCAGUAGCGCGCCGCUGCCGCCUGCUCAGGUGCAGUUGGCGGUAUGAGUGUGCGCAGACACCAGGUUAUACACACACACACACACACUGGGCCGUAGGGAGCCGCCUGCUCAGGUGCCUGCCUGCAGCAGCGGCGGUGCCAGAGGUAGCAACAGCAGAGACCGCACCUGC